AUGCAGUUCUACUCUAUUCACUACCACUGGAAUAUACUUGAGAAGUUUGAGAAACUUAAAACAAAUUUCACUGAGCAUUACAGUGGUGAAACGUGCUUGCCGUCAUCAUCUGCGGUGCCAAACGGUCAACUGAGUGAAGGACAACGGUCGUCCACACAGUAUGAUCCGUAUAAAAAUGAUCAAAGUGUAUAUAUACAACAAUGGCAGUAUUCAAAAUAUAGAGAAACGACGUCAUCCAGUCAACAGCCAAGUCCGGUGGUGAUUCCAAGUCCGUCAACUGGAACACGUGUUGGACUGGCUGACUCCUUCAGCAAAUCAUCUCACACAGAUUAUUUCAGAGACAUCGAUCCUUGCUCAAAUUGUAGCAAUCUUCUAAUUCGUGCUGCUGAAUUCUUGACAAAGAUUGAAUUGAAUUAUGAACGACCAACGACAGUGCCGUCAAACUUGAGCACUUCUACUCAGUACACUCUAUCAAUUGAUCACCGAAAAACACAGGACCGCUUGCCAGGAGCUCUAUGA